AUGGAGAUUAACAUUGAUCAGGACCAACAACCUGUGACACAUAUACAACCACAAUCCAUUCUUCUAAAAGAUGGAGAGACCACCGCAACAAUGUACCCAAUUCCGGCUAACCCUGAGCAAUUACCCGCGGGUCUCCUAGCGUUUCUAUUAGAUGAAUUCAACAUGGAGAUUGACAAGGGCGACAGUCUUCCGUAUUAUGAACCAUUAGCAGUCGAAGGCUUUUGCGAAACGUGGUUUCAUGCUGAAGGCUUAGUGUGUAUUAUGGUGCUGGGAGAAAUACCAGAAUUGGACUACAGUGACUCGAGCACGACAGGUGGCGCUGGCUCUUCGUCAGACGAUCCUCAAGCAGAAGUUACUAGACAUACAGGACAGUAUCUGCGACGCAAAGAACGCCGAAAUCUUAACUUGAAUAUUCAAUGGGAAAAACAGUGCUUGGGAGCAUUCAAUCUGCGACCAGCAUAUCCAGGACGUUCUUCUCAUGUCGUGACGGCUUCCUUUUUGGUAAAUGCCGGCAUCAGGGGCAAGGGUAUUGGUAGGACUUUAGUGGAGUGUUUUUUAAAUUGGGCCCCGCAACUAGGCUUUACUUCGUCAGUUUUCCCCCUGGUCUACGGUACAAACGUUGGCAUACGACGUAUUUUAGAGACGUUAAAUUUUAGGAGAGUGGGAAAAUUACCCGAAUCGGCCAUUUUGAAGGGCUGCGACGUUCCGAUAGAUUCAUUUAUCUAUGCCAAAGAAUUUACACAUGUUUCUAAGAGCAUUGAUAUCUUGAACGAACCGAACAAGCACUUCGCCAAAUACGAAAGACUGCGAUAUUAUCUUGAAACAGGCAAGUAUCCAGAAUACUGUGAUAGGACUGAAAAAGCCCGGCUUCGAGCGAGUGCGAAAUAUCAUAUUGUUCAAAAUGGAAAACUAAUGCGCCAGGGUAGAGAAGUUGUGUAUGACCCAGAAAAACAACUAGAGGUGGCUUUUGAGGUGCAUCAAGUUGCUCACCAAGGCAUUAAUAAGGUGACUACGACAAUAGCUGAGAGAUAUCAUUGGAAAGGAAUCAAAACAACCGUAGCUAGAAUCGUAGCGGCUUGCCCGCUGUGUAAGAAUCAACACCAGGAUGAUUUGGGAAUCGUAGUGGAGGCCGGUUCUCCACAACAGCAGGCACAUAUGAUUACGCGCGACAAUGUUGAUGUGGAUCACUCAUCACAGCUAAGUAAAAUGGCGGCUGCAGUGAUAGGGAACUUGCAAGGCCCUUCACCAGACCUUGAACGAACACCCGUGGAUGAGACACCACAAACCAAAAAAGCCAAACCGAGCAUUCACAGAAUGAAGUUUAACGGAGCCCAAGACCCACACAUUGCUUCCCAGGAAAUACUAGGAACUGAACAAUCCAUGAAUAAUUUUAGCAUAUAUGCUCGUCAACAACAAAGAACUAAACGUCGCUAUUUGGACGUUGCAAUGAGCGGAAAUAUGGCUAGAAACUCAUCGGUUUCAAUCAGUGACCUUUCGAGUGGACCUGCAACUGUUGAGAUCGAAGAACAUGAUGAUACAAAUAUGGUAGAUGAUGCUCUUCUCAACCUUGAGGAUAACGUGAUGGCUGCUGUUGAAGCAGCUCAAGACAAUAAAAUAAAAGAUGACCGUUAUGGUCAUAACGCAGACGUACAACCAUUCUAUUGA